UUGUUCUUGCUUGGAUCUCUAUAUAGUCUCCCCCUAUCACAACUACAUCAAUCCCCUUCUCCCUUUUCUAUCUCUCUCUCUUCACUUUUUCUUAGCUUUUUAUUUACCAAUUGUUCCAUUUUCCUUUUCACACCCAACCCAAUUCUCUUCUUUCCACUCACAUCCCACCAAUUUCACUCCUUUCAUUCAUCACUUCAACCUCAUCACCAAACUCACCUUUUUUUUUUUUCUUUCUAAUGUAACAUGAUUCAUUCAUAUUCAUAAUACCAUUUCAUCCUUCAACUUUAUUUCUUCAAUUCUUCACCUUUUUACUUUAGCACAUCUCCUUAGAAAUCGAGGAUACAAUAGUACGAGCCUAUAGAACAGAUCCUGUUCAAGUAAGGUCGUUUCGACUCUUCACCAUUACCUUCAUGGAAAAUCAAUUUUUUUCAAACAAUAAUCUUCAUUUUGAACAAUCACAUCCAACAUGGCAAUCACUUUCACUUUCAUCCGAACAACAACAACAACAGAAUAAUCAAGAUUGUUUCUACACACCAACAGAUCAAUGUGUUCAUCAAUUCGAUUCCGCGCUUAGCUCAAUGGUAUCUUCACCAGCAGCUUCCAACUCCAACAUGUCAAAUGAAAACUUUGUCAUAAGAGAAUUGAUUGGAAAAUUGGGAAACAUUGGUAAUUGUUCUGAUGAGAUCUCACACACUUUGGUUGCUGCAAACUCUUACAUCAAUAGCAAUAACAAUACUUCAUGUUACAACACCCCUUUGAAUUCUCCUCCUAAAUUGAGCAUUCAAAACAUGAGUUUGAAUUCGACGGUUGCCGAAUUCUCAACCGAUCCUGGUUUUGCUGAAAGAGCAGCAAAAUUCUCUUGCUUUGGAAGUAGAAGUUUUAAUGGAAGAACAACAACACAAUUGAGUCAAAGGCAAAGAUCUACUCCAUUGAUGGAAAAUGGAAAACUCUCUAGAGUUUCAAGUAGUCCAUCAUUGAAAGAACUUGGAUCUCAAUCUCAAAUUGGUACUCAAGAGAAUAUUCAUGAUCCAAUUGAAGUUAACAAUUCACAAGAAGAAUCAACAAUCUCUGAAAAUGGUAACAAACCUUCUCCUUAUGUGAAUUCAAGGAAAAGAAAAGCAUCAUCCAAAGGAAAAACCAAAGAAAAUUCAACUUCUAGUAACCCUCCAAUGGCUUGUGAAGUUGGUGAAGAUUCAAAUUCAAAGCGCAUGAAAACAAGUGAAGGUGAAAAAGUUGAAAAUGGUAAAGUAAAAGCAGAGGAAGAGUCAAAAGGGGGUGCAAAUAGUAAUGAUGGAGGUGAUGAAAAACAGAAUAAGAGUAACUCAAAACCUCCUGAGGCUCCAAAGGAUUACAUUCAUGUCAGAGCAAGAAGAGGUCAAGCUACUGACAGCCAUAGUCUUGCAGAAAGAGUAAGGAGGGAGAAAAUAAGCGAAAGAAUGAAACUUCUGCAAGAUCUUGUACCGGGUUGCAAUAAGGUUACUGGAAAAGCACUUAUGCUUGAUGAAAUUAUAAACUAUGUGCAAUCAUUGCAGCGUCAAGUUGAGUUUCUAUCUAUGAAAUUGGCUUCUGUCAACACAAGGGUGGAUUUUAGUAUUGAAAGCCUAAUAUCAAAAGAUAUGUUUCAAUCAAAUAAUUCUUUGGCACACCCAAUAUUCUCUCAAGAUUCCUCAGCACCAUCCUUUUAUGGGCAACAACACCAGCAAAAUCCAGCAAUCCACAAUAACAUUUCUAAUGGAACUGUGCCCCACAACUCAUUGGACCCAUUAGAAAAUGCUUUAUGCCAAAACCUUGGCAUGCACUUAUCUUCACUCAAUGGAUUCCAUGAAGCUGCCUCUCAGUAUCCAUUAGCAUUCUCUGAAGAUGACCUCCACACAAUUGUUCAAAUGGGAUUUGGACAAACUGACAAUAGAAAAACACCAAUACAAUUUCAGAAUUUGAACGGCACAAAUCAACUACCCCUAUGAAAUUAAGCUUUCAUUGCGCCUGAAUUAAAGCUAAAGAUGAAUAGGAACAUUGCUGUUGUACACAUCAACAACAAAUUUAAUUGGAACUACCUCAUCAAUUAUUAAGCCAUUAUUAGUAUUAUUACUAUUAGGUCUAUGAUUUUAAUUUUUUUUUUAUCUUGGGGGUGGUUCUUUUUCUUUUGUAAAAGUAUAUUUACUGUAAAAUCUUUAGGAUCUUGGUGCAAAUUCUUAUUAUUAUUAUGGCACCAAUUGUGAGAUAUAGUGCUAAUUAAUUAAAGGAGUUUUUGUACCACCUA